AUGGACACCAGCAUAUAUUUUCUAUUUUUCUGUGCAGUUUUCAUUUUCUGGUAAGUGAACUUGUGGCUUUGUUGUUGUAUCGCGAAUUGUGGUUGCCAGUGCAGUGGGUCAAUAAGAAUUUCGACUACCAAACCACUAAACUUCCAGACGAAGGGGUGUUGACCAUGUAAGAUAUCUAUGGUGUCGACUCGAAACAUCGAAGUCCAUCUUGUAUUUUUCAUCGAUUUCUCAUUGUACAACUGUAUGAUAUAACGUUUACCUGUUAACCGCAAACCGCGGUUUGUUGUCAGCCGCCUGUCGUUUAAAUUAACGCAUAUCUUGGAUUAGUUUUCAGUGUCAUAUAUUACGUAACCUUUGCAAGCAUUUCACCUAUAUAAGCAAUGGCAUGCACAAUUUCGCAAGAUUUUAAUGGUUUUCAAAGAUAUUUCGGAAUACACGUAGCUGUAAACAUAUUAUGUCUGUGCAGUAUAUAUAACACUCAAAACAUAAAUACUAAAUUGAAUGCACAAAGUAAAAAUAUCGCGGUCAUGUUAAUACAUGACGCACAAGUACCUCUUAAACUUCGACGAAUGAAAGGUUAAGCCGCAUGGAACAAAACAUUUAAUAUAAGAGUUGUCAAACUCGUGUCACUGAAAUAGUAAAUUAGGGCAUGUGUGUCAACUGAAUGGUAUCCUUUUGUAAAGUUUGAGGUUGAGUAAAAAAGGUUUUUGACCUUUUAAAUUUAAUGCUUGGUCUUAGAUCAGCAAAAUUUUUACAAAGAAAGACAUUUCUAUUGAGUCUUCGAUACCACCCCUAUAAGUAAUUAUACUGGUCCCUUAUUCUUUUCUGACAAAAUUACCUCAUAUUUAUAUAGUGUUCGAGGUCAGUCAUUGGGUGAAAAUCAUCUAUCUUGGCUAACAGAGGAUGAAAUUCUCCAGAGCAAAGACGAGUUGCCUGGUUGCGAUAUGAAAAAUGAUAUCGCGGAUUUAAAAGACCUUAUGGUUAGUGUUAAAGAGGAAUUAAAUGAGAUGAAAACUGGAUUCAUCAAGGAGGUGAACGACAAGUUGCCUGUUUGCGAUAGGAAAAAUGAUAUCGCUGAUUUAAAAGAUCUUAUGGUUAGUAUUAGAAAGGAAUUAAAUGAGAUGAAAACUGAAUUCAUGGAGGAAAUCAAAGCAAUGUGGAAUAAUACUAAAGAAGAAAAACCUUCAAAGAAAGUUUCAACAAAUCCAGCUAAGAAUAAAUGUAUGUCAUAAAUCAUUCUAGCACGUUCAUAUCAAUCCGGUGUUCCCAGAAAUUUGACCCCAUAAUUGUCCCCCAAUAAUUUGGCGCUAUCUUGUCCACGAAAUUUGGCCAUAUUUCCUAAAGAAAGUGCCCACAUUUCCUGGGCAAUCUAGCCCCUCUUCGGAAAUUUGGUCACCUUUUAGGACAGACCAUUUUUCCUUCCUAAAAUGCGGGUGAACAGAAGGAAAAAGAGACCUGACGCAAAUCCCUGUCUACCCGCUGAUAUAAAAAAGCCCAAAUCUGGCUUUUCACCUGAUCGAUCAAAAGGGUCUGAUUAGAUCUGAUUGGUCUGCCUGAUUAGUGCUAAUUAGAUUCUCAUAUUGUUGGUGAUAUAUUUAGUAGUUUAACUAUAAUUAGAUAGUUGUUGUUAUAUUGUUGACAUUUCUUGUGGAAUAUUGAGAUUGGAUACUAAAUAAAAAAUACACUUUGGGUGGGGACCGACUAUAUAGUAAUAGUUUGUGUUAGGCUCUUUGUAAAAACCUGCCCAGCGAAGACAGAAACAUGUUACAAAUUAGUAACUAUCAUCAAGCGGCAACAAAAUACGUACAAGGUUGUUUUGGUUUGUUUGUUUGUUUGUUUGUUUGUUUGUUUGUUUGUUUGUUUGUUUGCUUGCUUGCUUGCUUGCUUGCUUGCUUGCUUGCUUGCUUGCGUAAGAUUAAAUAUUAAUAAUUAAAUUUUGAAUGACAAUAAAACAUCCUCUGGCGCGGAAAUUGUGGAAAUAAUUUGGAAGUAUUUUCAUAUCCAUUUUAAUUAAGCAAAUUUAGUAGUUUGUUUAUUAAGUUUAGAAAUCUAGAAUGAUUGAUCAGUUGCACGGCUGAUUGCAAUCGUUAAAAACAGCUGCAAGGCUGUUUAUAAUCAGUUGUCCAAAAGGAAAUCUUUGAAACUUGCCAUAUGUUUUUUGGACGUACCUAUAGGUGCUGAUGCGUUGUAUUUCAGAGGAGGGAAUACUUUUGAGUACGCGAAAUCCGUUAGUCGACCUGGACUAGUUGAUGAUGAAGAUAUUACAAGUGGGGUAAGAAUAGUUGUUUAGAAAGAAGAUUUCUAUGGAACGAGUAUCACCAUUUUGUUUACCAAUUGCUAAUGUCAGGAUGUUUAUCCGUAAUUUUAUAUACCCAUUUAUCAUGGUCUACACCUAAAAGACAAACGGGUACGAGUUUUUGUGGGCCGUUUAACAAGCAGUAAAAUACUUCAACAAUUUCCUUGAAUAAAUCAAUGCACAUAUGCUUGUCAAUUUUCCCCAAUUCUAUGGUAAUUUUUCAGUUGCAAGUCGUUCUGGUCUGUGGGAAUCCUACAGUGUCGAGUUAUUUUUCGUUAGUAUACGAUUUUCUGAGUUUAUUAUUUUCACCCCUAACUCUCCCCCCCCCCCCCUCAGGCCGCAACUAGCCUUACCAGUGGCAGUAAGUUUCUAUGUAUUCUACAGAGUGGUGCUCCUGAGGAAGGGUUGAAUGCAAUUACUUCAUGUUUCUGGAUCAAAACGCUGAAACGUUCCGAUGCACCGAAUGUGUUGUCGUAUGCCAUUCCUGAACGCGAUAAUGAAAUCACUAUAUAUUUGCUACCAAAUGUUACCUUGUUACUCAAAACCAAGGCUGGUACCUCAUUUUAUCCACAAGAGUAAGUACAUGCUGACAGGGCAUUUUUUAGUCGAUUUUCCAUAACUCUUCCCAAAAUGAGUUGCAAACUUCAUUCCGAACUUCUUUGCGAAAGUUUAUAAUCAUAUUCACAAACUGGUUGGCUUAUUUUAUUUCAGGGACCAAUCUGCAGAGAUUUAUGAUGUUUACAUUGUGAAUUUUAAUACUAACUUUCGAACUUCGCAACAAAGUUCUGAACGAGGUUCACAACAUUUUGAUUUAUACUGUAGUUUUGUGUAAUACUGGAAUUUUAAUAAUCAAAUUUUGAAAUUUAAAAAAUAAAUUAAGGUUCACAACUUUCAGGGAAAAGUUAUGUGAAAUUGAUUGCAUAAGACCAUUCUGUACUGACUUAAAACUUUCCGUAAAUUAGGUGUUAUUGAUCUCCAGCGCGAUAAAAGCAUUUACCAUGAAAUUAACAUCUUUUCAAUUAAUUUGUCAUUAUAGUUUUUUUCUGUAACCCUAUAAUUUUAGUAAGUUUAUGUACUCUGUUUCCAGCUUGGGAAUUUCGGUAAGCGAUGGAAAAUGGCAUCAUGUCUGCAUCACAUGGGAAAAUACCCAUGGUACUUUGCAAGCGUACAAGGACGGCGUGCUUAGAAACAGCAGGACUGAGUUCAAACCAGGAGCUCCCAUUGCACCACAUGGUAUGUGGAUUAUCGGCCAAGAUCAAGACCGCUAUGGUGGAGGGUUUCAGUUAAACAACGCUUUUCACGGUUCCCUUACUGAAGUCAAUGUGUGGAACAGAGUCUUGAAUGCGAGUGAGAUUUCUACCCUUGCAAUGAAAUGUGGUUCGGGAAUGGCGGGAAAUUAUAGAGCAUACAGUGAUUUCGUUCCCUAUGGUGGUAUUCAAAAGGUCAAACCAUCUUGUUGUGAGCAGUAGAAUUGUAUUUUUCAAGGUUUUUAUCGUUACUGUAUACCAAAAGUUAAUUCACUUCGUGGCAAAGUAUGACGACAUAGCUUAAUAUAGAUAGUAGUAUAUAGUUUGAUUGACAAAGACAAAGUGAUUCCCUUUCAAAUGACACCAAGACGCUGAUUCAUAAUUAUAUAAAUGUAACUGAUUAAUAUAUGCAAUUACAUUAGAGCAACAUUAUUUUGUGUUUGUGUUUCUUUUGACUUCGGCAAAAUCUGUCUGUUUUGGAUUUCGCAUCGCAGCAAUAUGGCGGACAAUAUGACGAUAGCUAGGCAAUGCAUAUCUUUUAUUUUUAAGAAUUCAAAUGUCAAUCGAUUCCACUUCAUUUUCACUGGCGUUGCCAAGGUUUUAUUUUUGGGGGGCAACUUAAUAAUUUGUGAGCCAUAAUUUUAAGGGGGCCAUGCUCCUCUGGAAAUAAAUUGAAUUUUCCUACCCGUAUAAUAAAAAUUAAUGUUUAACAUAACAUACGCAUGCACCGUCAUAGACAUGAAUAUAAAAAUAAGUUUUACCGAAAUGUACCAACGUUUCGUCUUUAGCACAGGACAGUAAUAAAUACAGCAUGACAAGUACUGUACAAAGGUUUAUGAAUAAAUAAAUUAAAAUAUUAAAAAUAAUAUUUUCGUGAAAAAAUGCUUUUUUAGCACAUUUUACGACCCACGACUAAUUCACUCACGACAGACAACAUUUGAUCCAAAACACACGAUAUAAAGGGACGCUCGAUUUGUUCCUGUUUUAAUCACGUUUCUAAUAAUAAAUGUUAUUCGAAUCACGUUUCAGCACAUCCGGAAUAAUGUGUUCCCAUUUGUAAGAUUUUGUUCCUAUUUUGUUCAUAAUCUGGCCGCACACCAUGACAAGUAAUGUCCUGUGUUCUGUUGUUGUUGGAUAAGGCGUAUUCCCACCGAUCACGUUUCACUGAGCGGUCAUGUCUCGUGCAUUUAACCCAUAAGUCAAAUGCUUUAAAAAGUGGCAUUGUGGAAACGAAUUAUCUCAAGUUUGCAUAUAUUUCAUACGAUAUUCCAUAAUUAUGGCAAUAUUUUUUUUACAAUUCUCUAAAGUUUGAGUGAUGGUAUUUUCAGACAACAAAGUGUACCAACACUGAUGUAACUGAUAUCUUCAGGAAGUCUUGAAAUCAGUGUUGAAGUAUUAAAAUCACCCCACCGCCUGCACAUUAUCGCAUCACGUGCGCGAAAAUUGUUUCGCUGAUUAACUUGAUGCAUUGCGAAGCGAGUUUUCGUAUAAGUAAAUCCAUUCGUAAAACUUUGUAUCUUUAUAAUAAAAAAGUAUAUUCAUCUCUAUUUAUUACAUUAAUAUAGCUUGUAUAUGUCUAGCUACUGCAGUACAAAGACAAUAAAAAUACAUGCGUGAUGUUUGCAUUGUGCAGUAUGUCAUCGAUUAAAGGUCCUUAACCCCCAUAGCCAAGUUGACAGGAGAUGUAAUAUAACCAUGAAAUCCGUCAACCGCAUUGUAUUGCUUGCAUUUGGCUGCUUAUAUAAGGAGUGUUGACGAGCAAGGCAAAGCACAAUUAAACUUCCUUUCGAAGAUGGAUACGACAAUGUUUUUGCUCCUUUUAUGUACAGUUCUCCUAUCCUGGUCAAAGUAAGUGAACAUAAUUUACUCUCAUUUAUUAUAAGUAUAGCAUGGCAUUCAGGUCGAUUAGUGAUUAAAUGUACCCGAAAGCCGAGAGAGGUUUAGUAAAAGUCCCGAGGCGCGUAGCGCAGAGGGACUUUUACUAAACCUCUCGACGCUUGAGGGACAUUUCAUCACUAAUCGACCGUAAUGCCAUGCUAUUACUUCGUAAUAUCAUAGUUGCCGAGGGAAUCGCGCGUGGUGUGUUGCCUGUUUUGAAUGCUGUUUGAUUGUCUUAUGAUUGUGGUACGAACACUUUUCAUAUAUACGCACGCGCAGAAACACAUCUCCGUGUUCAUUCGUUUUAGGCAUGCGCAUAAACGGAAUUUUCUCCCACAAUUGUAAUGUUCAAGAUUAGGGAAUAAAAGCUGGCAAAGUGAUUGUUCGAAUGUGUACGGGACGGUGUCGUCAGAUACUGUCCAUAGUUGUGCCGAUGAUUUUCGAUGAGGUACAGCUCUCCAAUCAGAGGUAAUGAGGUACGCUUUUGUCUUCUAAAUUUCCCUCAUCAAGCAUGCAGGGGAAAAUUAGAAGACAAAGAAAUCCUUUGUUUUCAACUAAGUUUACCGGGUAAAUUUAGAAGACAAAGCGUAUGCAUGGGGUAAUGAGGUAAAUUAGUCAUUAAUCGUACCUCGCGAGACAAAGGAUUUCGAGGCAACUAUAAUAUUAUUCAUUAUAAUUUACUCUUAUACUUAUUCGUUCAUUCAUUCAGUUCAUUUAAAUAAAUUUUGAAUUUGAAGAAUAUAUUUCUGAUGUGUUUUGUUAAAAUUACCGUUGAAACUGGUCGAUAUAACAUGCCAUAUAUACGAUAAAGGGAUUUGACAACAUUCUAUACACAUCAAUAGUUACAAAAUGGAUAUAGGAAACUAUGUAUAGCCGACGCCAGCAGACCAACUAUUUGAGUGAAAUUCGUUAUAGUCGUGCAAAUAUAUAGUAAACUAUAUAUACUGCGCUUUUUUCCCCACUUUUCCUUACUAUUUGGGCCCUCUAUUUAAAAAACGAGUGCCUUAUCAGAUAUAAAACUUGAAGGGACACUAUAGAAUUGUUUCUGUUUUGCGCCUUGUACUCUAAUCACAUUCCAACACACCAGGGGGUAAUCGUGUUCCCAUUGGUACGAUUUUGUUCCUAUUUUGUUCACAAUCCGACACAGCAUGGCAAAUAAUGUCCUGUGAUCUUCGUUGUUGUCUAAGAAUUACUUCACUCAAAACACUGAAAUAUUAUAAUGCACCCACACUCACUUCAAAUUUUGUGUAAUCUGACUCAGAUUUAUGAGCAAAUUUUAAUGUUUUGACUUGCUUUAGACUUACUUUACUCAACAAAUAAAUAAAUUUGCUUAUCAAUUUGACUGAGUAAUUUAAUUUACUCAAACAUUUUGAGUAAAAUGAUAUGUCAAAAUGUUUUGCAUGUCAUAGGUUUUCCAUAUAUUUCUGUAUGUGUUAUUCUUUUCUGACAAAAUUACCUCACAUUUUAUCUAGUGUCCAAGGUCAGUCGUUGGGUGAAAUUAAAAAAUUUCAAACGCAGAAAUUUCUUAAGAUCAAGAACAAGUUGCCUGGUUGCAAUAUGCAAAAUGAUAUCGCGGAUUUAAAAGAUCUUUUGGUUAGUGUUAAAGAGGAAUUGAAUGAGAUGAAAACUGAAUUCAUGAAGGAAAUCAAAGCAAUGUUGAAGGAUACAAAAGAAGAAAAACUUUCAAAAAAGAAAGUUUCAACAAACCAAGCUAAGAAUAAAUGUAUGAUAUAAAUUGUCCUAGCACGCUCAUGUCAAAUCUGGUGGCCCCAGAGAUUUGUUUGCCCCCAAAAUAAUUUGGCCCCAUUACCCCCCUCCCCCCCCCCCCUCGAAAUACUGGCCAUAUUUCCUACAGAAAGUGCCCAGCAUAUUUCCUAGAAGACAUUUGGCCGCCUUUUCGAAAAUUUGUAUUUUAGUUUUGCAAUUUAGUAGUCUGUUUAUUCAUUGAUUUUAGAAAUCUAGAAUGUCGAUCAGUUGCAUGGCUGAUUCCAAUCGGUAAAAACGGCUGCAGGGCUGUUUAUAAUCAAUUGUCUAAAAGGAAACGUUUGAAACUUGCUAUAUGUUUUUUUGGACGUACCCAUAGGUGCUGAUGCGUUGUAUUUCAGAGGAGGGAAUACUUUUGAGUACGCGAAAUCCGUUAGUCGUCGACCUGGACUAGUUGCUGAUGAACGCAGUUCAAGUUCGGUAAGCAUAUAGUUGUUUAGUUAGAAUAUGUAUGUUAUUAAUUAGAGAGGUUAAAUUUCCCCGUUUUCGGUUACGGGUACGAGCAGCACCAUUUUGUUUAUAACAAUUUUUGCUUAUGCAUGUUUACCCUUAAUUUCUAUACCCGUUUCCCUGCGGUAAGUCAUGCAUGAUCUACACGGCACACGCAAUAGACAAACGGGUGCAGGUGUUUCUGUUUACGAUUUGUGAGCCGUUUAAGCAGUAUACUUCGACAUCUUCCCUAAGUAAUCAAUACACAUGCAUAUGCUCGUCAAUUUUUCCCAAAUCUAUGGUGAACCUCAAGAACAAAAGUUAACAUUCUCCGAUCGGUUUUCAUACCCCGGAAUAUCUUGCAUUUCUUAAGUUGCAAGUCGUACCCGGUUUGCGGGUUAUCUUCACCUUCCUAUUGACUGGACUUGUUUGGUUCGAACAAAUUUAUUAUUUUCAACCCUUCCCCCCCCCCCUCCCUCGCACGUACCUAGCCUAUACUGAUAAGUCUAAAUAUUCUACAGAGUGGUGCUCCUGAGGAAGGGUUGAAUGCAAUGACUUCAUGUUUCUGGAUCAAAACGCUGAAACGUUCCGAUGCACCGAAUGUGUUGUCGUAUGCCAUUCCUGAACGUGAUAAUGAAAUCACUAUAUAUUUGCUACCAAAUGUUACCUUGUUACUCAAAACCAAGGCUGGUACCUCAUUUUAUCCACAAGAGUAAGUAAAUGCUGACAGGGAAUUUUUUAAGAAAUUACAACUGCUUGGGCAAAGUGCUAAUAAGGUGGGCGUAAUCCCUAUACGAUUAGGUGUACAUUACAGUCGAACUCUUCCCAAAAUGAGUUGCAAACUUCAUUCCGAACUUCUUUGCGAAGUUCAAAAGUUUAUAAUCAUAUUCACAAACUGGUUUGUAAACAAUGUAUUUGAUUGGCUUAUUUUAUUUCAGGGACCAAUCAGAGGUUUGUAAUGUAAGUUGAUAUUGUGAAUUUCAUUAUUAACUUUUGAACUUCGCAACAAUGUUCUGAACGUUCUUUCAGUUUGUGUAAUCCCGCAAUUUUAAUAAUAAUUUUGAAGUUAAAAAUAAAUUAAGAUUCACAACUUUCAAGAAAACGUUAUCACCGUUAUGUGAAAUCGACUGCAUAAGACCAUUCUGUGCUGACUUAAAACUUUUAUAAGAUGUCAUCGACCUCAACUCUCAAGCGUGAUUUACCAUGCAAUUAACAUCUUUUCAACUACAAUAUUUGUCAUUAUAGUUUUUCCGUAAACUUAUAAUUUUAGUAUUUUAUGUACUUUGUUUCCAGCUUGGGUAUUUGGGUAAGCGAUGGAAAAUGGCAUCAUGUCUGCAUUACAUGGGAAAAUAUCCAUGGUACUUUGCAAGCGUACAAGGACGGCGUGCUUAGAAACAGCAGGACUGGGUUCAAGCCAGGAGCUCCCAUUGCACCACAUGGUAUGUGGAUUAUCGGGCAAGAUCAAGACCGCUAUGGUGGAGGGUUUCAGUUAAACAACGCUUUUCACGGUUCCCUUACUCAAGUCAAUGUGUGGAACAGAGUCUUGGAUGCGAGUGAGAUUUCUACCCUUGCAAAGCAAUGUGGUACGGGAAUGGCGGGAAAUUAUAGGGCAUACAGUGAUUUCGUUCCAUAUGGUGGUAUUCAAAAGAUCACACCAUCUUGUUGUGAGCAGUAGAAUUGUAUUUCCGGCAUUACUACUGUAUACCAAAUGUUAAUUCACGUCGAAGCAAAUUAAAGUAUCUUUAUUGAUAGACUGUAGUAUGGUUUGAUUAACAAAGACAAUUAACUGAGUGAUUCCUUUUCAAAUGAUAUACCUAUAUAGACACGCUGGUUCAUAAUUAGCUGAUUCAUUAUUAUAUAAAUGAUAACUGAUUAAUAUAUGCAAUUAGAUUAAAGCAAC